UUGAUCAUGCAUUAUAUAAAACACUGAUGCGUGAAGAUGAGAAGCAGAUCUGAGACAGACAGCAAACAAACAACACACGGGAGCUCAGUGCUGUGUCUGUGUGGAAAGAUGAAGAAGUUUGUUUUUUGCUUCAUUCGUGUUUCUGUGCUUUUGCUCAGUUUCUCCAUCAUUUGUCUGGGAGUCCUUUGCAUUUACACCAGUUCCUCUGUGUGCAGAUGCGGGAACAACAAGCUGGUUGUUUAUUUCCUGUUAGCUGUGGGGCUCUUGCUCCUUGUGGCUGGCAUUUUCUGGAGCACAGUCCAUGAAGCCAUGAAAUAUAGGGGCUUCAGCAGCAUCUUCAUGAGAAAUCUCAGCCUUAGAGAGCUCCGUGUCAGCACCAUAGACAGGCCAGACUUCUACCCGCCAUCCUACGAGGACAGCACAGAUCCUGAAAAGCAGACCUUCCCAUUGCCAGCAGUCUCCACACUGAAGGAGCAAGAAGUCAUUGACAUCCCCCCGCCGCUGUACAGCAAGCGCAGCACGGAGCCCGGCGGCGAAAAUACCGAGGGAGAGCAGCCCCCACCCUAUGAAUUAGCUGCUGGCCAGGACUCGAGCCCAGGGGGGGAGCCAAAUACUGGUGCACCCACUCAAGAUGUUUGCUGACAGCAUGGAGGCUGCCAAGGGACCUCCAAGAGAGUAGGGGAGACAUGGACAGAGGUGUGUGUCGGUGCUGCCUGACGCUGCACCACAAGGCCGCCCCAGAAAAGCACUGACUGUCCUGGUGUUUGGGUGAAGUUGGAAGGGUGUAUGUAAAAAGUUGCUCUGUGUUUCAAAGCAGCAGGAGGGUCUCCAUCCUGCAGGGGUUUGCUGAGCGAGGAGGUACCUCCCAUUGUGGUCACCGUGCUCGUUCAGCUGGGAACAGACACCCUAGCACCAUGCUCUGUGUGGCCAUUCAGCCUGCAGGGCUCGGAGCUGCCACAAUGCUUACAAGAGAGCAAACGAGCUGUCCACAGCAUUCAGAAAACCAGGAGGUAAGGUGCAUAUCAGAGGAGAUGUGCUUCAUUGUUACUGCACAGCCUGAGGGAAGCACCCACUGGGGAUUGCUGCUCCCCUGGUGCAUCAAGGACAGACCCCAUCCCUCCCCCCAGGCGUGAGGGUUUGCUGCUCUGAUGGUCUGUGCCUCUAAAUGCUGUGUGAAAUUGCAGAUUCUUCGGGGAAAAAUGUAACA